AUGGUUAACAGGCACUUCUUUGAAGCUGUGUUGAUGCUGCUGGCCUCUUCCACUAUCCUCUCUCUAGAACUGAAGCCAUUUCUCUUCCAACAAAGAAGGGUGAACAGAGAGAGUUUUAAACUCUUGAAUACACUACGGAGCUCAUCAAUUCAACAGUGUCUACCACACAGGAAAAACUUCCUGCUUCCCCAUAAGUCUGUGAACCCUCAGCAGUUCCAAAAAAGACAUACACUGGCCAUUCUCCACGAGAUGCUUCAGCAGAUCUUCAACCUCUUCAGUGCAAAUGUUUCUCCGGAUGAUUGGGAAGAACACUACAAAGAGAAAUUCCUCAUUGAGCUUCAUGAACAGCUAGACUAUCUGGAAGGACUCAUGGAGCUGGAAGCAGAGCAGAAGAAUGAUGCCUUGGAUAGUGAAGACCGUAGAUUGCAUGUUAAGAAGUAUUUUCGAAGGAUCCGCAAUUACCUGGAAAACCAUAAAUACAGCAGCUGUGCCUGGACCAUUGUCCAAGUAGAAAUCAAGAGAUGUCUGUUCUUAGUGCUCAGACUUAUAGGAAAGUUGAGCACAGAAGGAAUGGACUCUUGA